AUUUGUGCCACAUUUUGCAAUAUGAUUAGCGCUGUGCGGCAAUUCAUGAUAUGCAAUUUUUGUGACAGCUGCUUGGACACCGUCGAGGUCUUUCCGUAUCUGAGGGAGCCCGUCAUCGAGAACUCAACGCUGGCGGCGUACACUUGGUGCCAGCACAGUGCGACGGCUCGCAAUGCCACGCCCAUCUACAGUGGCGGCAGGCUGCUGGGACUGAGACUUAGCUUUCAGCAGCCGCCCACAAAGCUGCUCGACUGGACCUUGAAUCUAACGGCGAACUAUCGAUUCCUAAAGCAAGAGCUCUUCAAGACGAGCGGGCGCCUGGUGCCGCAUAGUUUCUGCGACUUUUAUUUCUUUGCCAGCACCGGGAUCGAGGGGAAUCUGGGCGAGGGCUACUUCCACUCGCCGCGCUUUCCGGCCAACUAUCCGGCGCACAUUAAGUGCGCGUACAAGUUCAUCGGGCGUCCGGAUAGCCGUGUGGAGCUGCUGUUCGAGGAGCUGCAGCUGCCGUCAGUGGCUACUGGCGGCUGUCAACUAGACGCACUGACCAUAUUCGAUGCGGAGUCCGCCCACAUGAACGCUGUCAUCGAUGUGCUCUGUGCUCCGUGCCCCACACGCCGUAUACUGAGCAGCGGACCCGAUCUGCUGCUGGAGUUUAAUGCCAGCUCGAAUCGCACGGCCAAAGGCUUCCGUGGCAAAUACAAAUUUGUGCAAAAUGAGCAGCAGGCGCUGGCACUGCCGCCAAUCCUGGAGGCAGCCAGCAUAGCGAUAAAGCAGCCGCCCGCCCAGGCGAACAGUGUUCAAGUGGAGCAGGAGGAGGGGAAGGAUGCGCGGCCCGGACAUAGAAAUCAGCACUGCAAGCAGCUUUACGAUUCGCGCGUCAACAAGUCCGGCAUCUUCGAAUCGAAUCAGCUGUUAGGCUCGUUUAUCGGUGCACCGAUAAGUACGAAUAUCGACUCUGCUAAAGUCGUGCAAUGCCGUUACGAAUUUAAAGCGCACAAACCAGAAGUGAUUCAAAUCAAGUUUCACGACUUCAACAUACCCACUGAACGCGAAAAUUCGAGCCGCUGUCGGGAUGAGGACGCAUUGCACGUGCUGGCAGAAGUGCGUGGUAAAUAUGAGACGCAAGAGCUACUAUGUGGCGCUUUCUUGCCCAAGCCGCUGAUGUCUAAUAGUCAGCAGUUGCAGCUGCAAUUUGUAGGAAAAUAUCCGCCGAAAAUGACGAACAAAGUGCAGUAUUAUGGAUUUCGAGCAGAAUAUCGGUUUCUUACAAAUUAUGGCAUUCUAUCAGGCGCGCAGCAGGGAGACGAAUGUACAUUUGUUUACAACAGCAGCGAUAGGAUUAGUGGUUUAUUUCAUUCGCCAAACUUCCCUGGCUACUAUCUGGAGAAUGUUGUAUGCAAUUACUAUUUUUAUGGAGCUGAUGAACGGAUUGUCCUGCGUUUCACAUACUUUGAUGUUGAAGGCAUUAGCACAUGCGACCAUCAAACGGCUAGCGAUUAUGUGGAGUUUUCGAAUUUUAUGAGCACAGAUCGAAAGUUCAGCAAAUAUUGUGGCAAAUUACCCGACUUUGAAGUGCGUUCCGAUGGACGCUUCUUUCGUGUAUCCUUUUAUUCAAAUGAUCGAUUUGUAGCCAAUGGCUUUCGCGCUCUCUAUACAUUUGAAUCGAUUGCUUUAAAAAGCACUCCAGAUUUGGGCGACAGUACUGUCUCCAUGCAAAGUUAUGUGUCAAACGGCGUUCAUCAUAUGCCUAAGAUUCUAAACAUAAUCCUAAAUGUUGUAAUCUUGCUUAAGCAAUUUAGAAAUUAAAAAUAAAAUAGCAAC